GAGCAGUGAAGAUGCGUAGACUCGUGGCGCGUGCUCUCACGCUCACGCUGUUGGUAGCGGUCGCUGUAGUGCGCCCCGACCAGGAAGUUGGUGAGCAGUGCGUGGUGCAGCGUACGAACGGACCCGGUAUCUGCCGCACCGUCUCCGAGUGCCCAUCGGUCAUCGAUGACAUACGCAAUCGGCGGGGAAAUCCCACCAAGUGUGGCUUUAUCGAUCGGGUGCAGAUCGUGUGCUGUCCGCUGGACAAGGGUUCUACCGUCGCAUCCUCAACUCAGUCACCGGCGCUGGCCCAAGGGCGCAUCGCGGAAAAAUGUGCCGAAUAUGGACAGGCGGUCUACGUGAAGGAGUACGUAACUUCCCUAGCCGCCAGUGAGCCGAAGCUGCUAACGAUCGACAAGUGCGGCCACACGGCGGUGGAGCUGGUUGUCGACGGCGAGCUCGCCAAAGCCCGCGAGUUCCCCCACAUGGCACUGGUUGGGUACGGAGAAGCGCCGGAAAUUAGGUAUCUCUGCGGUGGCUCGCUCGUCUCGGAACGAUUCGUUCUCACCGCCGGCCACUGCAUGGGGGACACAAACUUUGGCCCCGCAUUGACCGUACGCUUGGGCGAGCUCUCGCUGGACUCGAAAACGGACGAAGCCUUCCCGGAAGACUACGACGUGAUCGAGCGCAUUCCCCACCCAGAAUACAAACAGUCGGCUCACUACAACGACAUCGCGCUGCUAAAGCUUAACCGCAAGGUAAUUUUCUCCCCGUACAUUCGCCCAAUCUGCCUCCCGGUGCAGGGCAAUCUGCCGCAGAAGCGUGCCAUCGCCACGGGCUGGGGAGCGAUCGGAUUCGGACUGGGGCAGAGCAGCUCGCUCCUCAAGGUGACACUCGAUCUGUUCACCUACGACGAAUGUAAGGAUCAGUUCGAGCUGACCCGCAAGCUGCGUGCGGGAAUCAACGCCACGACGCAGCUGUGUGCCGGUUCGCAUAACUCAACGAAGGAUACGUGCCAGGGAGACUCCGGUGGCCCGUUGCAGGUUUACAACGACGCUAGCGUGUACUGCACCUACACCGUGAUCGGUGUCACGUCGUUCGGACAGAACUGCGGACUGGCCGGGGUUCCGGCGGUGUACACCAACGUCUUCUCGUAUCUUUCGUGGUUGGAAAAUUUGAUAUUCUAGAA